CUUGGAUUUUUCCGCCAGGCGUCCCCCAGGAGGCGGUCGCGGAGCUGGGCAGGGUAGGGCGGGGCGCGCGCGCGCGCGCGGACGCAGUUCGUGCGGCUGCCGCGCUACUUUAGGUCGGGAUCAGUGGGGAGGCCGCGGCUGCCGCAUCAGAGCUGACGUGGACGACGUGGGGCCGCCGCCGGCGCCGCGUUGCUGGUUUGCGGUCCCCACCUCCUCGCGUCCGUAAGCAGUGACGAGGCCGCUACGUAAAUCCCUUCGCGGUGGGAUACAUAAAGAAGAAAACCGAGAAGGAGCAAAGCAUUUAUUACAAAUGUCUUAAUAAUGAACAAAUGUGGCAGGAAAAAAUAUAUUAAGACAAAUCUAAGACAAAUGACCAUGGAAACAAUUGAAUCUCAACAGGAUGGAAGUGUAACAGAUUCUGUGACAGAGAGAGAAUCUGCAAAUAUGCAGGCUCAGACUGGUCAAAAUUCAAUCCCUAAUUUAGCUCAGGUUUCUGUAGCUGGAUCAGGCACCGGAAGAGGCUCCCCAGCUAUAACUCUAGUACAGUUACCUUCGGGCCAAACUGUACAUGUCCAGGGCGUAAUUCAGACACCACAGCCAUCGGUUAUUCAGUCACCACAGAUACAAACUGUUCAGGUAGCAACAAUUACAGAGACAGAUGAGUCUACAGAAUCAGAAGGUGUAAUUGAUUCUCAUAAACGCAGAGAAAUCCUUUCACGAAGACCUUCUUAUCGAAAAAUACUGAAUGAACUUUCCUCUGAUGUGUCUGGUGUUCCCAAGAUUGAAGAAGAAAAAUCAGAGGGAGAAGGAACACCACCUAACAUCGCUACCAUGGCAGUACCGACUAGCAUAUAUCAGACUAGCACGGGGCAAUACAUUGCUAUAGCCCAAGGUGGAACAAUCCAGAUUUCUAACCCAGGAUCUGAUGGUGUUCAGGGACUACAGGCAUUAACAAUGACAAAUUCAGGAGCUCCUCCACCAGGUGCUGCAAUUGUACAAUAUGCAGCACAGUCAGCUGAUGGCACACAGCAGUUCUUUGUCCCAGGCAGCCAGGUUGUUGUUCAAGAUGAGGAAACUGAACUUGCCCCAAGUCACAUGGCUGCUGCCACUGGUGACAUGCCAACUUACCAGAUCCGAGCACCUACUACUGCUUUGCCACAGGGAGUAGUGAUGGCUGCCUCACCAGGAAGUUUGCACAGCCCCCAGCAACUUGCAGAAGAAGCCACACGCAAACGAGAGCUGAGGCUAAUGAAAAACAGGGAAGCUGCUAAAGAAUGUCGACGUCGAAAGAAAGAAUAUGUAAAAUGUCUGGAGAGUCGAGUUGCAGUGCUGGAAGUUCAGAACAAGAAGCUUAUAGAGGAACUUGAAACCUUGAAAGACAUUUGCUCUCCUAAAACAGAUUAGUAGAAAUAUUUAACUAUGAACUGAGUACAACAUGUACAAUUGCUUUUGAAGGCAAUACAAUAUGUAGCCGACAAGAAUUAUGGCUUUUUUCCUUUGUAUCAUUCAUCAUAUUCUCGAAAUUCUAACAUUCCUAAAAUGCUUCAUUGUACGUAGUUAACUUAGCUGUAACUUCAAUUUUUUAAAAGAGACAAACUACAAAAAAUUGUAUUUAGCAAAUUCUUAAAAUGAAAUAUUUGUAAGACUUGUUCCAGUGCCACAUAUUUGCAGUUCCCAAUUUCUGUGUCCUCAGUAGUGUCCUAUGCAAUAAAAUUUUCUGCAGGUCUUUUAAAAAAGGAUGAUCAAAGGUAAUGCAUCCAGCAAUACAAUAAAAGUAAACCACAAAAAAAUACUUCAGGAAAGAAUUGAAAGAAACUAGUGACAUGCCUUUAUGAAAAUAAGAGCCUAUAAAUGAAUUUAUGGCAUUUGCAGAUUUUUAUAAUCAGUUGCUUUGUAAGGGAAAUACUGUGUUAUUGUCCUUGAAUGCCAUAGUUGAAGGACGUUCUUAAUAGAACCAUGUUGAAUACACAUGUAGUGUUUAGUGGUCAUUUAACUAUCUGAACGUUUCCUACAGUUUUUACUCUAUUGUGUAAUAGAAAAGAUCUUGCAGAAACUCCAGUGUCGAUUUAAUGUUACCUAAUGAAAGUUACAAAAAAUUGUUAAUAACUUGGAAUGGGGUAGAAGUUAGAGUUAGAACUGUAUUUGCAGACCUUCAAGGGUGCUCGAGCUGAUUUCCACACUGGGUCUGAUUUCUGCAAAUGCUUUUUCUGCCAUCUCAUCAGAAGAAUGGCCCCAGAGCUGCUACACAGAAGAGCCACUGUUCAAGUUCAGCUUGUGUGGUGGAGUAGGCCUCUCUGCACAUGGUCUGGAAAUCUGCUGAUAGACUCCUAUUUUGAGUUUUAGGUAACAACUAUAGGGGUUUUAAAGUAAAAACAACCCAAGAUUUAAUUUUUCAUUUCAAAAUAGCUUGAAGUCUACAUUAGGUCAAAUACUUUUAUGUUAGCACAUUUAGAUGAAGUUCAUUACAUUGAGACAGCAGUAUUAUUGCUGGUAUCCACAUUUCAUUCUAUGUUUAUAAUAAAGAGCUUCAAGGUAUAAGCCCAAAGCCCUAACCAUGCCCUGUUCUUUGCCUAUGUCUUCUCUCAUUCACUCUUAAGACCUUUGUUGAAGGCUUACUCUGUGCUAGACUCUGCUAUAUUUUCUACUAUAACUUCUGCCUUGUUGAGGAUGCUGCCAUCCCAUCCCUAGUUUCAAUAAAAGAACUGGCCAAUGCAUGUGGGGAGGUACAGCAGCAGGAGGUCAUUUAUAUAGCAUCUAACUACUACUCCCCCAUCAUAAUUCUGUCACUUAUUUGUAACUCCCAGAAGGCAGGGCAUACCAUUUGGAGCUUUCUUUAGAAAUACGAAUCCUUCUUUCAGAGUCUGAGCUCUAAAUUUAUCUCAAUUUUUGUCUUAUAGAGAAGUUAGAUGAGGAAAGAAGACAAGGAAGAAGAGUAAGGAAAACCCCAAGUUUCAGGUGAAGAAAAAUGGUGCGUUGUACUCAGUCAAUCAGUCAGUCAUUCGUUCAGUUAGUCACUAAAUCAAAUGUGUGCCUAAUGGCAGACACAGAGAAGACUCAGGGGUCAGCAGACAAGCAGUAAAUGCUAUGUGCUAGAAUUAGAGAAAGAUGUAGGCAAGGAUUUUAUAAGAAUAUUUCUAUAGGAGGUAGAUUUUGAACCAGACCUUGAUGUAAUAGUGCUGAGGAGGAAGGUGCUCUAGACGAAAUCCAGAGCACACACUCCAAGGUGCUUGAAUUUAGGAGAGGGGGAAGGUCAAGUCGGUACUCACACAAGAAUUAGUUUGGUGUAAAAAAGAAUGUGUGCUUCACUCUAAAAUAGUUAUUUCAGAGGAAGAGGAUUGCAUCUGAUUACUUGGGGCCGAAAAUAAAUGUCCCCUCAUCUCCAUACUGCUUUAAAAAUAAAAUUUUAGCCCUGGCCGGUGUUGCUAUGUGGUUAGAGCAUUGGACUGAAGACUGAAGGGUCACAGGUUCGAUUUUCAAUCAAGGGCACAUACCUGGGUUGCAGGUUUGAUCCUGCGUGUAGGAGGCAACCAAUCUAUGUGUCUCUCACAUCGAUGUUUCUCUCCCCCUUCCCACCCUCCUUCCCUUGCACUCUCUAAAAAUCAACGGGGGAAAAAAAUAUCCUCCAGUGAGGAUUAAACAAAAAAAUAUAUAAAUAAGUAAAUAAAAUGUUAUUACCUCACCAAAUAAGUCCAGAGGUAGGAAAUUGUAGGCUGCUCAAUAUAGUGACAUAAUGGCAUCAUGACCGGAUGUUUCCCCCUGCUCUCUGUUCAGGCUGGGUCCCCUGAUCUAAUGUUGCUGCUGCAGUUUCAGGGAGGAGACAGGCAGCAUCUCUUCCUUUUGUCCUAUUUGAAAAGCAAGGACAACUUGCACAGAGGACCCUCUGAGUCCUUACUAGCUAGAUUUUCAUCAUAACCAGUCACUGGUAAGGAGAAUGGAAUUAAAAGCACUGGAUUUCCAGUGAAGAUUCAACUCCUGGGGCUGGGAUGGUCCCAGGCUUCUGUGAGGCAUGGCCAUCAAUAUCGAAUAAAAUGGGUUCUGGAAGAAAGCUGUUGAUGCAACUGACAAUGUUGCCAUCCAGAGAUGGUGAGGACAUACAUUGCUCAGGAAGGUGGUAACAGCUUCAGCUGAGCUGUCAAAGGUGCACUGGAACUGAAUUCUUGCUCAUUCAAUUUGUCCCUGAAACCAAAGCUCUUGCUAUAAAAAUAGCUUGAUUUUAUAACUCUCCACUCAGCCUCCAAUAGAUACUGCCUACAAAUGCGCUGAACACAGCAAGCAGUAAAUUGGAAGCUGCAUGGAUAUCUACAUCUUGACAACAUAGGUUCAUAGAAUCCAGAGCUGCAUUUGGGGCGGGGCGGGGGGGGGGGGGUCAUUCCAAAAGUUUCAGAAUUAGAAUCAAGACUUUUGAAUAUAGAAAUAACUGAUCCUGGAUCAUGGGGUUACACCACCUUGUAUGUAGUUCAUAAUGUUAAAACAUUUGAAAUGGGGAAAUAAAAGAAGUGAACUUCUCUGUGUUGAAAUGUGUUUGUGCACUACGCUUGCCCAAAACAAGACAUAUUCCAUCCCUUUUCCGUUUUCUUCUUGUGUCCAGUACAUGCAGCUUCCUGUGUGCCUAAAGUAUACCUUUAAAAUAUAUAGUGAGGAAUUGUGGAGCCAGCACUGUGUUUUUCUAGAUUGCAGUGAAAAGUAAUUAAGCAAUUUGGACAUGUUUGAGACAAGCGGAACUGUUGCCAGCCAGCUAGCCUGACAUUGUUUCAUCAUAGUAGACCAAGAUUCUCAGAAAUGUACCCCUUCCUUUCUAAGGUCAUCCUAAAGACACAGGCCUGAUUCUGAAUUACUUAAGCUUGGUAUAUCUUAAUCUUUAUGCUUUAUGUGUAGCUUUUUUCUAUAUAAAUCAUUUUCUCAUAAGUACGUUUUUAACACUUUGUUCUUCAAAAACUCAUUUGGCCAUGUGAUAAUUAACAUAAUGAGAUUUAAAAUAUUUAUUUCAGGACUAUUAUCUUUACACACAAAUAAUUCCAGCAGGGAUGGAAAAUGAUGAAUGAAAGGAGAAAAAUAACUGCUUUGUUAUACUAUAUUGUAUUUGCUCAAAUAAAAUACAACCUUUGUUAUUGC